GAGCGCUUCUCGUCUCCUGCAGCAGUGGAAGACGAUUUCAGGCAUCAUGAAUCGCCUAAUGCUUGUGACUGUGGCUGUGGUGGCCAUGGCGUAUGUGGCAGCAGCUGGUGGAAGUUAUGGUGGAGGCGGUAGAGGAGGCGGAGGUGGAGGUGGAUUCGGCGGUGGUGGAAGAGGAGGAGGAGGAGGAUUUGGUGGACACAGAUUCGGUGGAAGUGGAGGAGGAUUUGGAGGUAGAGGAGGAGGAUUUGGAGGCAGUGGUGGUGGAUUUGGAGGCAGAGGAGGUGGAUUCGGCGGCGGCCGAGGCAGUGGUGGAUAUGGCGGAAGUGGAGGCGGAGUUGGAGGUGGAAGCGUAAACCGUGGAGUUCUGAUCGGCGCCGGCAGACUGUCUGGAGGUGGAGGUGGAUUCGGCAGUGGUGGAUUCGGAGGUAGUGGUGGAUUCGGAGGCAGUGGUGGAUUCGGAGGCAGCGGUGGAUUCGGAGGCAGCAGUGGAGGAAGUGGUUUCGGUGGUGGCCGUGGUGGCAGCUAUGGAAAGUAAUGUGAAAACUUUUCCCUGAGAAACGUAUGGAAUAAACAACCGAAAUAAAGAUAAAUUAAAGAUA